AGCUAACCCUUUUAGCAGGAGUGCUAGCCGCUGCGAAGCCGCUCAGUCCUGACGCUACGGUCUGCCGCAUCGGCUACUUUCGAUUCUUUUUGACUCCCCGGCCCAAAACGUCCGGUUUUUAGCGUCAGUUAAACAACCUCUACUAUUUACCAUGAUAGAAGUUAACUAAAGGAGUCGUAAUUUUUUAGACCUUGUCGUGGAAUUUUCUUCAACCGGUUUGGCGGGACUAGAUCGGGUUAACAAUACGACAAGCUAAAGCCUGAAGCGGCUAGCGCUGAGACAGAGGCCAGUUUGUUUUUUCAGGCAGCUAACACAGCUAGCUUAGCCAGCUACCGCGGCUGACAUGGAAGACAAAUCUUUCACUAAAGAAUUAGACCAAUGGGUCGAACAGCUAAACGAGUGCAAACAGCUAUCGGAAAACCAAGUGAGGACACUCUGCGAGAAGGCUAAGGAGAUUCUGACCAAGGAGUCCAACGUUCAGGAGGUGCGAUGCCCAGUGACGGUGUGCGGCGACGUCCACGGUCAAUUCCACGACUUGAUGGAGCUGUUCAAGAUCGGAGGGAAAUCCCCCGACACCAACUACCUGUUCAUGGGAGACUACGUCGACAGAGGCUACUACUCGGUGGAGACGGUCACACUGCUCGUCACAUUAAAGGUUCGUUUUCCGGAGCGGAUUACCAUCCUGCGAGGAAACCACGAGUCGCGGCAGAUCACGCAGGUCUACGGCUUCUAUGACGAGUGUCUGAGGAAGUACGGCAAUGCCAAUGUCUGGAAGUACUUCACAGACCUGUUCGACUACCUGCCACUAACCGCGCUGGUCGACGGACAGAUUUUCUGUCUCCACGGAGGUUUGUCUCCCUCCAUAGACACUCUGGAUCACAUACGAGCAUUGGACCGUCUCCAAGAAGUUCCACACGAGGGCCCCAUGUGCGACCUGCUGUGGUCAGAUCCCGAUGAUCGCGGUGGGUGGGGGAUCUCCCCCCGUGGUGCCGGCUACACCUUCGGACAGGAUAUCUCCGAAACGUUUAACCAUGCCAACGGCCUCACUCUGGUGUCCCGUGCCCAUCAGCUCGUCAUGGAGGGCUACAACUGGGGCCAUGACAAGAACGUGGUGACCAUUUUCAGUGCUCCAAACUACUGCUACCGCUGUGGAAACCAAGCAGCCAUUAUGGAACUGGAUGACACUCUGAAAUACUCUUUCCUUCAGUUUGACCCCGCCCCACGCCGCGGCGAGCCACACGUGACCAGACGCACUCCCGACUACUUCCUGUAAAUGUCCAAAGCCACCCCCUGUCAAUCAUAUACAAAGUCCUGCCCCUCCUCGUAAUCCCUUCCUUUUGGAUGAAAAGAUAUUACUUAUGAUGAUGAUGAUGAUGAUGAUACUGAUACUGUACCAGGGAGAAUAAAAACAAAAGAUUGGCUGAUGAGUUUGAGAUUUUUAACAAAGAGAAACUUAAAAAAAAAAGUGCAGCCCUUCUACAGUCGUGUCUUCAAUAUGCUGUCGUUAAUGCUGUGCUUCUGGGAGGAAAACAAACAAACAAACAAACAAAACUUUCAAACACACUGAUCGUUUCCUCUUCUUUUUUUUUUUUUUUUGUUUAUUAUGUUUGAAAAUGAGAUAAUAAAACUACCAACGUGGACCAAAUGUGCCAUAUUCUGAUCCUUUUACAACAUUUUUUUUUUUUGUUUUUUUGUUUUUUUUAGACCAGCACUAUAACCCUACCUACCUGAAAUCACCUCCACUCAUCACAUCUCAUGGCAUAUAUACAGUGCUUUUUUUUUCUUUUUUUUCCCUGUUGCAAGAUAAUUUAAAACAAGGAGGAAAAGCGUAGAACAUGAAUUUUGCUUGACGUAGAACAGCUGUCACUUUUAGCUGUCCAUGCCGCAGCCAGGUGUCAUCUCAGCAAGUAUAUUACUGUAAUUUGAAUAAAGACAACAGACGUAUGAAAUAAAAUGUCCUAUUGACAAACUA